GAUUAGGGUUUAUAGGUUAGAGGAAGAAGAAGCGCGUGGGAAUAUUUCGCGAUGGCGGUCGCGCCGAUGGGAAUGCCGAGGAGGGGGUGAUCCAGCGUGUGGAGAUGGCGGCGGGCGAGGAAGAAUGCGCGCCUUCCACGGCCUCCUCGUGCAAACCCGGGAGCAAGCUCACGUUUAGGGCUCCUCAGCAGCCAUACACUUACCAGGAUUUCGCCUAUGGCAGGCUGCUGGGCAUGGGAUCCUACUCCAAGGUUGUGAGAGCUAAGAAAAAAGAUUCUGGAGCUGAGUUUGCGCUCAAGAUCAUGGACAAGAAGCACAUCACCAAGGAGAACAAGGUCGCGUAUGUGAAGAUGGAGCGGCUUAUUCUGGAUCAUCUGGAUCAUCCUGGUGUGGUUCGUUUGUUUUUCACGUUUCAGGAUACUCACAAUCUCUAUAUGGGACUGGAGUGCUGUCAUGGAGGAGAGCUCUUCGAUCAGAUAAGAAGGAAAGGUCGUUUGUCUCUCGAAGAAGCUCGUUUCUAUGCUGCGGAGAUUGUUGAUGUUUUGGAAUAUAUUCACGGCCAAGGAUUGAUUCAUCGGGAUCUCAAGCCAGAAAAUUUACUCCUGACUGCUGAUGGGCAUAUAAAGGUGGCAGACUUUGGCAGUGCGAAGGUGACAACACCCCUCCAGAAUGGUCUCAGCGACGCGCAAGCAGAUGACAAAAGCUGUACGUUUGUUGGCACUGCGGAGUACGUUUCUCCAGAAGUUUUGAAUGGCCAUCCCGUUACUAUUGGGGCAGACUUAUGGGCCUUGGGAUGUAUUAUAUACCAAAUGCUAGAAGGGAGGCCUCCUUUCAAAGGCGGGAGCGAAUACCUCACGUUUCAAAAGGUUUUGGCGAAAGACCUUGUCAUACCGUCUCACUUCCCGUCCGCAGCCAAAGAACUUAUCAAUAAGUUGCUGAACCUUGAACCUGACAAAAGGCCCGGAGCUGGCCCAGCGGGCUAUGCAGCGUUGAAAAGCCAUGCUUUUUUCAGCGGGAUUGAGUGGCUUAAACUCAGGCAGUCGGCCGCACCCGGGCUUGCUCCAUCGCCAUCGUCUCAGGGUGGGGGAAAUGGAGCUGAGAGUGAUGAUUCAGAAAACUCGGACUGGGAUCUAGCUCAUCUGGGAGGCCGGGUCUCGAGGCUAGACGUUUCGGACGCUUCGAGUCCCAUGUCCAGCAGUAAUGAGCCAUCGAGUCCCAGCGCCGUGCUUGCUUCUGCUGCAAGACUUCUCGACGAGAACGUUCACGAACCAUGGCAGAAGUUUCUAUUCGAGGGUGAAACCAUCUUGGCCAGUUCGCGCGUCCGGAAGUUUCGAAAGCUCUCGGUCAAGAAGAGACAGCUGAUCCUCACUGACAGGCCGAGGCUGUUCUACGUCCACCCGAUCAAACUUGUUUUCAAGGGAGAGGUUCCAUGGUCGCGGGAUAUUUAUGUUAGAGUGGAGAACGAUCUCAAGUUUUGUAUAUGCACGCCAAAGCGGACUUAUAAUCUGGAGGAUACAAAGGGACAAGCGAGGGUCUGGAAAGAAUCCAUAGAAAAGCUUGUCAAUGCGAAAUAAUGUUAAUCGAUGUUAAUUAAAGUUAACGACGUUUAUUUGGCUAA